AUGCCACUACCGCAAGUUGAGAAAAUUAAACUGGAAAUAGCUGAAAAAGAGAAAGAUCCUAAACUUCAAAAGUUCAUUCAGUACUCAUUAGAGAAGGAGAAGAAACGUCAGUUAAACAAGCUUAAGAGAGCGCAUACAGCCUACAGAAAGACACAGAUAGAAUUAGCCUCCCUCCCUGUGCCAAAUCAACCACCGUUUCUGCCAACUUUCAUGGUUAGUGAAGAAAUGAGGCUGGCUAAAAACUUUAAAAUUAUGAAGUCUUAUGUUGAAAGCAGCGUAAUACCUCCAAUCCAAGACAGUUGGCUUCAAAAUAUUCUGGCCAAAAUUCCAAAGCGUCUCAAAACGGGAAGGGAAGAAGAACUAAAUGGUGUUUUGCUGGAAGUUAGAGAAAACUUCCUAGAAAGCUUGAAAAAAUCUUUGGCCAGACAGACAUUAAAAAAGCCAAACUUACCUCAGCUUUCAGAUGACGACUUAUCACUGCCACCUGAAGGACCGAAAAUUCCAAACUUUUCAGAGUCAUGGCAUUCAGACUAUAUAAUGCAUAAAAAGGAGCUAGUCCCUCAGCUAAUGAUAACGUAUCCUCAUAUGCAGAAGAUCUUGGGACUUUGUUAUCAGUACCUGCAUAACACAGAACUGACUAGUAUUCCUAAAUACAGGGAGUUGGGCGCAAUUGAUUUCGGAGAUUUAAGAAUAAGAGUCAAACAAGAAGUUGAAUCUAAGUGCGAGUAUUUGAUGCAGAAAUGGUAUCCAAAAGUUAUUCAGUUGUUUGUGGAUAAAAAUUCAAUACCGAAUAUGAAACCUUACGCUCUUGAAUCAUUUUACAGAAGCGUAUCUACUUUACUAUCUAUUCAGCUCAAACAAUUUUUACAAAGGAACUUAUUAGAAUGGGUUGAUACAUUUGAAGAAGACCAUAAGGAGCGACUUCCAGUCUUGAAAAUGUAUCUAACUUAUGAGGACCAGAAGGUUCUUUUCUAUCCUAGCUUCGAAGAUCUUGAAGAAUUGAUCUUUUUCAUUACCGGACAGAUUUGUGAAUCCCUCCAAAAUGUUCAAACAGUAGAAAGUUGGUUAAAUUCUCCUCCAGUCCCAGUGUUUAUUGAUGCUAAAGUUCCAUUCGAUGUACAUGGAGCAUGUAGACGUAAACUACAAGAAGCUGUAAAACGUUACUUUGAAACACCUUAUCAAUAUUUUGUCAAAGUGAUCGUUGAACCGUAUUCAUUUAUAUUUGAUGGUGGAGAAGCACGGAAGGUGGAAGAAUUUCUCCAGAGUGGUAAACAGUUUGAACACUACUGUGAGUACAUAGCUAAGCUGCAUGAUUUAGCAAACGAAGUUAUGACACUGCCAAAUGCAGAAUACUUUGAUCUGAUUCGACUUGACUGUGAAGAUGUUAAAGUUGGUCUAUCUAAAGAAUGUCAUCGUUUAGCAAAUUUACUCUUAGAUCGUGUGGUUUCUGACUUCAGACAAAAUAAUGACGAGAUUUGUGAAGGUUUUGAAGAAAUGCGUGAUCGUUGUCGUGCAAUACCACAGAAUAGUGAAGAAUUAAUCGAUAUGAUUCAGUAUAUGGAAGAAGCAAGAUGUCAAGGAAUGAUUCGUAUGACAGAGAAAAUUUCUCUAACUAUGGAAUACCUGAACUAUCUACUUGAUGUCUACUUGUUCAGUCCAGAAGAUAUUGCAAAAAAUAGUGCAGUAUUAACUUGGAAGACACGAAUCUAUCCGGAAUUCGAUGCAAAUGAUAAGCUGCAAGAACGAAUGCGUACUGUCGCUGAAGCAGCUGUUGUAGCUAGACGUGAAAAAUUAGUCACUGAAAUAAAUCGACUGAAAAAUCGUGUUGAUGAAUUUAACGAUUAUGGCGAAAUGGAUACUGAAAUGCAAACUCAAUAUGUUCAAGAUGUUCGUGCAGUUUUAAAGCGUCUUCAAGAUGCUGAAAAUGAAAAAAUAUGGAUUAAUAAGGAGGAAGACCUGUACAAGCUUACAAUUAGUAAUUAUCCUGAACUAGAGGAGAUACGUAAUCUAACGGAGCCAUUCCACAGGCUGUUCACAACUGUCGUUAAAUACUGUAAAUCAGAGAGACGUUGGUUACAUGGUGAAUUUGAUAAACUAAACGCUGAAGCAAUAGAAGCUGAAGUUGAAGAUUACUGGCGCGAAAUAUUUAAACUUCAAAAAAUAUUUACAGCAAGAGUUAAAAAGAUGCGUAUGGAAUUGGAUGCCCGGCGAAAAUCACGUAGAAAACGAAGACGUCUGGCAAGUGUUGACAUAAGCAUUGUUGAUGGUGCCGCUGUUGCUGCUGCUGCUGCUGCCGCUGAAGGUGAAGCCAGAGAAGACGCUCUUUUAUUUGAACAAGAGGAAGAAGAGUUGGAAGAUGUCAGGCCACCUGCAGCCUUGGAUAUCAUAAAAAAUAUUCAGGAACAAAUGAAAAAUUUCAAGGAAACCAUACCAGUUAUUGCAAUCCUGUGCAAUCCAGGCAUACGAAAAAGACAUUGGGAUGCAAUGUCUGAGAUAGCUGGUAGAGAUCUUACCCCAGACAGUGGAACAUCGCUAGCUAAAAUACUACAAAUGAAUUUAGAUCCAUAUAUGGAAGAAUUUGCUGGUAUUUCAAGUGGUGCUAGCAAAGAGUUCACUUUAGAGACAAAUAUGAAUAAAAUGCGUGAUGAUUGGACUGAAAUAUCAUUCGGACUAAUACCUUAUCGUGAAUCUGGUAUAUUUAUACUUGCUUCUGUGGAUGAUACACAACAAAUGCUGGAUGAUCAAAUUGUUAAAACUCAAACAAUGCGUGGUUCCCCAUUCAUUAAACCAUUUGAAGUGGAAAUCAAGGCAUGGGAGGAACGCUUAUUGCAUAUACAAGAAACAAUAGAUGAAUGGUUGAAGAUGCAAGCCCAAUGGUUAUAUCUUGAACCAAUAUUUAGUUCAGAAGAUAUUAUGCAACAAAUGCCAGAAGAAGGACGUCUAUUUCAAGUGGUUAAUCGUAAUUUCAAAGAUAUUAUGAAGAAUACAGUUAAAGAUCCUAAUGUUUUAAAGGCAACUGAUUUUCCUGGAAUUCUAGAGAAAAUCAAAGAUAGCAAUGCAUUACUAGAUAAAAUUAAUAAAGGCUUGAAUGCAUACCUGGAGAAAAAACGCUUGUAUUUUGCACGAUUCUUUUUCCUAUCGAAUGAUGAAAUGUUGGAGAUUUUAUCAGAAACUAAAGAUCCACUUCGUGUACAACCACAUUUGAAAAAGUGUUUUGAAGGUAUUGCCAAGCUGGAAUUUGACAGUCGUUUGGAUAUUAAAGCAAUGUUUUCAAGUGAAGGUGAAAAGGUUCAAUUGAGUCAGUCCAUCAGUACAUCAGAAGCACGUGGUGCAGUAGAGAAAUGGUUGUUACAAGUGGAGAAAGUUAUGAUAAUGUCAGUUAGAGAUGUGAUAGCAGCGGCUAGAGAGGCUUAUGGUGAUGAAAGACGUGAUUUAUGGGUAUGUCAAUGGCCUGGACAAGUUGUACUCUGUGUUUCACAAAUAUACUGGACAUUAGAAGUACACGAAUCACUUAGUUAUGGUGUAAAAGGUUUAGAAAAUUAUCAUGAAAAACUUGAUGAACAAAUGGUUGAUAUUGUAAGAUUAGUACGUGGAAAAUUGAAUGCUCAACAGCGUAUUACACUUGGUGCACUUGUUACUAUUGAUGUACAUGCACGUGAUGUUGUACAAGACAUGAUUAAAUUAGGCGUUACAUCAGAAAAUGAUUUCAAUUGGUUAUCACAAUUAAGAUAUUAUUGGGAGAAUGAAAAUGUUCAGGUUAAGCUUACAAAUGCUAAAGUAGCAUAUGCUUAUGAAUAUUUGGGCAAUUCACCUCGUCUUGUCAUUACUCCACUGACGGAUCGAUGUUAUCGAACAUUAAUUGGUGCUUACCAUUUGAAUUUAAAUGGUGCACCAGAAGGACCAGCUGGAACAGGUAAAACAGAGACAACAAAAGAUUUGGCCAAAGCUAUCGCUGUUCAAUGCGUAGUCUUCAAUUGUUCAGACGGUUUGGAUUAUAUUGCUAUGGGUAAAUUUUUCAAAGGACUUGCAUCUUCUGGCGCAUGGGCUUGUUUUGAUGAAUUCAAUCGUAUUGAACUAGAAGUUUUAUCCGUUGUCGCCCAACAGAUUCUCUGUAUUAUACGUGCAAUUCAAGCACAUCUAGAAGUAUUUGUAUUUGAAGGCACUGAAUUGAAUUUAAAUCCCAAUUGUUAUGUAUGUAUUACAAUGAAUCCUGGUUAUGCUGGUCGAUCUGAAUUACCAGACAACUUAAAAGUUCUCUUUCGUCCAGUAGCUAUGAUGGUACCAGAUUAUGCUAUGAUUGGAGAAAUUUCAUUGUACUCAUAUGGUUUUAUGGAUGCGCGUAGUUUAUCUGUGAAAAUUGUAACCACCUAUCGUCUAUGCUCAGAACAACUUUCCUCACAAGCACAUUAUGAUUAUGGUAUGCGUGCAGUGAAAGCUGUUCUACAAGCUGCUGGUAAUUUAAAACUGAAGUAUCCAAAUGAAAAUGAAAAUAUUAUUCUUCUACGAUCAAUUAUUGAUGUGAAUUUACCAAAGUUUUUAUCACAUGACAUCCCGCUGUUUCGUGGUAUUAUCUCAGAUCUAUUUCCUGGCAUUGUAUUACCUGAAGCAGAUUAUAGUAUCUUCUUAGCUGAAGUACAUAAAGUAUGCCAAGAAAGAAAUAUACAAUCUGUUAAAUUUUUCACUGAGAAAAUUAUACAAACCUAUGAAAUGAUGAUUGUACGACAUGGAUUUAUGCUCGUUGGUGAACCAUUUGGAUCUAAAACUACCGUGCUGCACACUCUGGCCGCAGUAAUGACACGUUUAAAUGAAAGUGGACAUGAUGAAUUUGAAAAAGUUAUUUAUAAAACGAUUAAUCCUAAGGCGAUAACGAUGGGACAGUUGUUUGGCGAAUUUGAUCCUGUUUCUCAUGAAUGGACUGAUGGUGUAACAGCGAAUACAUUUCGUGAAUUUGCAUCGACUGAUACACCAGAUAGGAAAUGGGUGAUAUUCGAUGGACCAAUUGAUACUUUAUGGAUUGAAAGUAUGAAUACUGUAUUAGAUGAUAAUAAGAAAUUAUGUUUAAUGUCUGGAGAAAUUAUUCAAAUGUCUCGUGUAAUGAGUUUAAUAUUUGAAACAAUGGAUUUAUCUCAAGCCUCUCCAGCUACAGUAUCACGCUGUGGUAUGAUAUACAUGGAACCUUUAUCAUUAGGUUGGCGUCCACUUGCUCUUUCAUGGAUGAAUCGUUUACCAUCUUCUCUGACAGUUGGUGACGGGAAAGUUAUUAUCAAUAAAAUGCUUGAAUGGGCAAUAGAUCCAUGCUUAGAAUUUGUACAAACUGAAUGUCGUACUUUGGUGUCUACACGUCAAGCGAAUUUAGUCACGUCAUGCUUAGGAUUUGUUGAUAUGCUUAUUGAAGAUGUAGCCAAUAAAGAAGACGCCUGUGAUAAUCGUUAUCUACGAUUAUGGCUACAAACAUCUAUUGUAUUCGGCCUGAUAUGGGGUAUUGCUGGUUGUCUAGAUUACAAUAGUCGAAAGAAAUUUGAUCGUUUUCUAAGAAAUUUAAUGGCUGGUACUAAUGAAAAUCAUCCUUUACCAAAAGAGUUGGGUCAACGACUGGAGUUUCCAUUUCCAGAGUCUGGUCUUGUCUAUGAUUUUUACUACAAGAUGAAAAGUCGUGGAUCUUGGAAACAUUGGAAUGAUAAGAAUAAAACAAAUGAAAAUUUUUCUGAUAGAAAAAUUCGUGAAAUUAUUGUACCUACAAUGGAUACAGCACGUUAUAAAUUCUUCGUUGAUUUAUGCAUAUUCAAACGUCGUCCAUUAUUGUAUGUUGGACCAACGGGAACUGGAAAAUCAGUUUAUGUUCAAGAAAAGCUAAUGCGAGAAAUCGAUAAAGAAAAAUAUGUUGCCUAUUUUAUUAACUUCUCUGCUCAAACAAGUGCAAAUCAAACUCAGCAUAUUGUUAUGUCAAAGAUUGAUAGAAGACGUAAGGGGAUUUAUGGUCCACCAAUGGGUAAAACAGCUAUUCUCUUCGUAGAUGAUUUAAAUAUGCCAACUAAAGAAAUUUAUGGAGCUCAACCACCAGUAGAAUUAUUGAGAAUGCUGAUUGAUCAUGGUUAUUGGUAUGAUCUGAAAGAUACUACUAAGCUGACAUUACAAGAUAUUCACUUGAUUGGAGCUAUGGGACCGCCAGGUGGUGGACGUAAUGAUGUAACACAACGAUUUAUGCGACAUUUUCAUGUGAUCAGUAUGACACCAUUCAGUGAUGAAACAAUGACGAGGAUAUUUUCCACUCUAAUGAGUAUUUACAUGCGGUCACAAGAAUUUAGUUCAGAAUACAUAACUGUUGGUCAGAUAAUUGUAGCAUCAACAUUGGAGGUAUAUAAAGCUGCAAUCGAGAAUCUCCUGCCUACACCGGCUAAAUCUCAUUAUUUAUUCAAUUUAAGAGAUUUUAGUCGUGUUAUUCUGGGUGUGUGUUUAAUACAAAAAGAUCGUGUUGAAAGUAAACGAACAUUUUCACGUCUAUGGGCUCAUGAAGUUAUGCGAGUCUUCUAUGAUCGGUUAACAGAUGAUGCUGAUAGAACAUGGUUGUAUACCUUCAUCCGAGGUUGUUUAGAGAAUAAUUUCAAAGAGAAAUUCGAUCAAUUAUUUGCUCAUUUAGCUACGAAGGAAGGGGAAAAGAUUGAAGAAACCCACUUAAGAGGUUACCUGAUGUUUGGAGAUUUUAUGGAUGUAGAUUCUUUACCGGAGGAUAGAGUUUAUGAAGAAAUUAAAGAUAUCGGAGAAAUGUACCCUGUUGUAGAACGUUGUCUAGAGGAUUAUAAUAAUGCUAACAAGAAGAAAAUGUCUCUAGUUAUAUUUCGAUAUGUAUUGGAACAUUUGUCAAGAAUAUGUCGAAUUCUUCGUGUACCUGGUGGAAAUGCUUUACUUGUCGGUGUUGGUGGCUCUGGUCGUCAAUCACUUACCCGGCUGGCUUCAGCCAUGGCAGGCUAUACAGUAUUUCAACCUGAAAUAUCUAAGAAUUAUGGUAAAAAUGAAUGGCGUGAAGAUAUAAAGGCAUUAUUACGACGUGCUGGAGGAGAGGGUAAAAAUACCGUAUUCCUUAUGACUGAUAGUCAGAUAAAAGAAGAAAAUUUCUUAGAAGAUGUCGAUAACUUGCUUAACUCUGGUGAAGUACCUAAUCUGUAUACAUCAGAGGAAAAGGCGGAACUAAUGGAUAUCAUACAGAAUUGUUUAGAGGCAUCUGGAGGCAGUAAAUCAGCCGAUUUGUCACCUUUAGCAUUGUAUGCGCUAUUUGUGGAUAGAUGUCGUGAGAAAUUACACAUUGUCAUGGCUUUUUCACCGAUAGGUGAAGCGUUCAGAAAUCGUUUAAGACAAUUUCCUGCUUUGAUCAAUUGUUGUACAAUUGAUUGGUUCCAGCCAUGGCCUGAAGAUGGUUUAAUUCGAGUGGCAAACAGAGCACUUCAAAAUUUAGAUAUGGAAGAUGAUGUUCGUGAAUCUACUGUUCAUUUAUUCAAAUAUUUUCACACAUCUAUUAUACCAUUAUCACAGAAAUUCUUAAGAAAUUUAGGUCGAAAAACCUAUGUUACACCUACUUCAUAUCUGGAAUUAAUAGACAGUUUUAAAAGACUUUUAACUCAAAAGCAGAAUGAAACAAGUAGAGCUAGAAUGCGUUAUGUAAAUGGUUUGGAUAAAUUGGCGUUCGCUGCUGAACAGGUCGCUGAUAUGCAAAUCAAACUGGAAGAACUUCAACCUCAACUUGUAUUGGCUAGUGAAGAAAAUGAAAAACUUCUAACCGUUAUAGCUACUGAAUCAGUUGCAGUUGAAGAACAACGCGUAAAGGUUAAAGCUGAAGAGGAAAUCGUCAACCAGAAGGCUGAUGCAUCAAAAGCCCUAAGUGAAGAAUGUCGAGCUGAUCUGGCUGAAGCUCAGCCUGCAUUAGAAGCUGCUCUUUGUGCCCUUGACACAUUGAAACCAUCUGACAUAACAAUUGUGAAAUCAAUGCAAAAUCCUCCACCGGGUGUUAAACUUGUCAUGGAAGCAGUUUGUGUUAUGCGUGAUAUUAAACCAGACAAGGUGAAUGAUCCUUCAGGAUCAGGUAAAAAGAUCAAUGAUUACUGGGGACCUUCAAAGAAAUUAUUGGGAGAUCUAAAUUUUCUGACUUUACUCAAAGAGUAUGACAAAGACAAUAUUAAUCCAGCGAUAAUGCAACGUAUACGCAAAGAAUUUAUGACAAAUCCUGAAUUCGAUCCAGUCAAGGUAGCCCGUGCAAGUUCAGCUGCUGAAGGCCUGUGCAAAUGGAUAUUAGCAAUGGAACAGUAUGAUCGUGUGGCUAAAAUUGUAGCUCCGAAACGAGCUAAAUUAGCUGAAGCUGAAGCAGAACUGGCGGAGAAUAUGGCCUGCUUGAAAAAAACUCAAGCUGCAUUAGCUGAAGUUGAAGAAAAACUGCAGAAUUUACAAAAUCAACUAGAAGCUACACAGAUUGAGAAACAGCGUUUAGAAGAUGAAGUGCAGGAUUGUGCUACAAAAUUAGAAAGAGCAACAAAGUUGAUUGGUGGACUGGGUGGAGAAAAGGAUCGUUGGGCACAAGCAGCAGAUUAUCUUGAAAAGCUCUAUCAUAAUCUUACUGGUGAUGUGCUUAUAUCAGCUGGUAUCAUCGCCUAUUUAGGACCAUUUACACUGAUUUAUAGAGACGAGUGUAUUUCUGAUUGGAUUGCUCAGUGUAAAGCACAACAAAUUCCAUGUUCUGAACCUUUUACGCUGACUCAGUGUUUAGGUGAUCCUGUGAAAAUUCAACAAUGGAAUAUUAAUGGUUUACCACGUGAUGCAUUUUCAAUAGAUAACAGUGUUAUUGUUGCAAACGCUAGACGAUGGCCAUUAAUGAUUGAUCCACAAGGACAAGCGAAUAAAUGGAUAAAAAAUAUGGAAAAAGAAGCUGGAAUCAUUGUUGUCAAACUGACAGAUAGUGAUUUUAUUCGAAAUUUAGAAAAUGGCAUCCAAUUCGGUUCGCCAAUCCUACUAGAAAAUGUUGGUGAAGAAUUAGAUCCUAGUUUAGAGCCUCUAUUAUUGAAACAAACAUUUAAACAAAGUGGUGUGGAAAUGAUUCGUUUAGGUGAAAAUAUUAUUGAAUAUUCAAAAGACUUUCGUUUGUAUAUUACAACUAAACUGAGAAACCCGCAUUAUUUGCCGGAGAUUGCAGUGAAAGUUUCACUUUUGAAUUUUAUGAUUACACUAGAAGGUUUAGAAGAUCAGUUAUUAGGUAUUGUUGUGGCUAAAGAGAAACCAGAAUUAGAAGAAGCACGUCAAGAAUUGAUUAUAACAACCGCAAACAAUAGACGUAUGCUUAAAGAGACUGAAGAUAGAAUAUUAGCUACACUAUCAGAAUCUGAAGGAAAUAUUUUAGAGAAUGAAGCUGCUAUUGAAAUACUGGACUCAUCGAAGUUAAUUUCAGAUGACAUUUUAAGAAAACAGAAAGUUGCUGAAGAAACACAAAUAAAAAUUGACGCUGCAAGAAUGGACUACUCCCCGAUCGCUAAACACUCAGCUAUACUCUUCUUCUCACUGACAGAUUUGCCUAACAUUGACCCAAUGUAUCAAUAUUCCCUGGCAUGGUUUGUUAAUCUCUAUGUGAAUUCUAUUCACGACAGCAAUAAAUCGAAAAUUUUGGAAAGACGUUUACGUUAUCUAAAAGAUCAUUUUGAAUAUAAUCUCUACACAAAUGUUUGUCGUUCAUUGUUUGAAAGGCAUAAAGUUUUAUUUUCAUUCAGUAUGACUAUAAAUAUUGUGAAAUCUCGUGGAGAACUAGAAAUGGAUGAAUUUAUGUUCUUCUUAACUGGUGGUGUUGGCUUAGAGAAUAAACUGGCUAAUCCAGCCGCUGGUUGGUUAUCCGAUAAAUCUUGGGAUGAAAUAUGCCGUAUGUCAUCGUUGAAAACAUUUGCAGAAUUUCGUGAACAUUUUACAACACACUUGGCUGAAUGGAAACAGUAUUACGAUAGUAAAGAACCACAAGAGGCUCAACUUCCUGAACCAUGGGAUAAAUUAGAUGUAUUUAAAACUUUGAUUAUUCUACGCUGUAUACGUCCAGAUAAGGUUGUUCCUGGUGUUAUGAAAUACGUUAGAGAAAAACUUGGCAGAAAAUUCGUUGAGCCACCGCCAUUCGAUCUAGCUAGAUCAUAUCAAGAUUCAAGCUGUACCACGCCGCUGAUUUUCAUCCUUUCCCCUGGUGCUGAUCCAACUAUGGCAUUACUGAAAUUUGCUACGGACAAAGGUUUUGGAGGUGCACGCUUCCAAUCAAUCAGUUUAGGUCAAGGUCAAGGGCCUAUAGCAGCUAAAAUGAUUUCACAGGGCAAACAAGACGGAUCAUGGGUUCUACUUCAAAACUGUCAUUUGGCUGUCAGUUGGAUGACAGCGCUUGAAAAGAUCUGUGAAGAUAUGACUGUAGAAAAUACAAAUGCAACAUUUCGUUUAUGGCUAACAAGUUAUCCAUCUCCAAAGUUUCCAGUGACUGUCCUACAAAAUGGCAUAAAAAUGACAAAUGAACCGCCUACAGGUUUAAGACAAAAUCUACUUCAGUCAUAUUUGAAUGAUCCUAUAUCUGAUCCAGAAUUUUUUGAAGGUUGUCCAGGAAAAGAAGCUGUUUUUGAAAAAUUACUAUUUGGAUUGUGUUUCUUCCAUGCACUUGUACAAGAACGUAUUAAAUUUGGUCCUUUGGGAUGGAAUAUACCGUAUGGAUUUAAUGAAUCUGAUUUACGCAUAUCAGUUAGACAAUUACAAAUGUUUGUUAAUGAAUAUGAUAAAGUACCAUAUGAUGCCAUUCAGUAUAUGACUGGUGAAUGUAAUUAUGGUGGUCGGGUUACAGAUGAACGUGAUAGACGUUGUUUAAUGACAAUAUUACACGAUUUCUUAUGUCAGAAUGUUGUCAGUGAUCCACGUUACAAAUUCUCACCAAGUGGAUUGUACUAUGCACCACCUAAAAUGGAUUAUAAUGAAUAUUUAGAAUUUAUUAAAGGGUUACCAGCUACACAAAAUCCUGAAGUAUUUGGAAUGCAUGAAAAUGUUGAUAUAACAAGAGAGUUAAGUGAAACACGUAUCCUGUUCGAUUCAAUCUUAUUAACUGUUGGUCAGACAGUAACAGAAGGCGGUGGAGUAAUCGAUUCACGAAUAGACGAUAUAGCCUCUGAUAUAUUGAAUAAAUUACCAGAAGCAUAUGAUAUAUCUCAAGCUUAUCAUAAAUAUCCUGUCAAAUAUGAAGAAAGUAUGAAUACUGUUCUUGUACAAGAAAUGGAACGUUUCAAUAACCUAACAAACAUAAUCAAGUCAACACUGAAUGAUCUACGCAAAGCAAUUAAAGGUCUUGCUAUCAUGUCAGAAAGCUUGGAAUCAUUAGCUGCAGCUUUGUCUAUCGGAAAGUUACCUGCCUUAUGGGCUCGUCGAUCGUAUCCAAGUUUGAAACCUCUUGGUUCUUAUGUAAAUGAUCUAAUAGAAAGACUGAAAUUCUUUCAGAAUUGGUUUGUUGAUGAUAAACCAGCAACUUAUUGGGUAUCUGGAUUCUUUUUCACACAAGCUUUCUUAACUGGCGUUCUACAGAAUUAUGCACGACGUACAAGAAUACCAAUUGAUCUAUUGGCAUUUGAUUUUGAAGUACUUGCUACACAGAAAGAAGAUAAACCACCGUCUGAUGGUGCCUAUAUUCAUGGAUUAUUUUUAGAUGGAUGUCGUUGGGACUAUGAUAGUAUGGAACUUGGUGAACAAUUUCCAAAGAUAUUAUAUGAACCAAUGCCGGUUAUUUGGUUGAAACCAAUCCUACGUGAACAACUUGAUGAAUUAUCCAUCAAAGUUAUUCGUUAUAAUUGUCCAGUUUACAAGACAAGUGAACGUCGUGGUACACUUUCAACAACUGGACAUUCAACUAACUUUGUCCUGCCUAUAUUAUUGCCGACAAGUGUUGAUCCAAGUCAUUGGAUCAAGCGUGGUGCUGCUCUACUUUGCCAGUUAGAUGACUAAAUUUCUACAUCGACAGAAAUAUAUGUAGAAAUAUAUACAUAGUAUAAAAGUAACAAAAACGACACAGAUAUAUAUAUACACGAAUAUGUAACAUGUUAUACGCAAUCAAAGACUG